AUGUCCACAAAGGAGACUCGGGCCGCGACGCCCCCUCCGACAGCAGCAGCAGCCGCCUCCCGCCCCGUCUCGCCCUCCGGCUCCUCUCUCCGCCGAUACUCAGACCCCGCCCUCGACCCCAAGAACCAGCACGUCCACUCACACACCCAUCACGGCCCGACCGCCGAGGACGGCACCCACAUCCACGCUACCUACACCCGCGGCACGACCUUCGACCCGACGCUGAUCCCGCCUCAGUCCCUGAUCCAUAGACACGAUGACGUCGAGAACAUCGCCGCUCAGGGCCAGGUGCUGCCCGAGUACACCAAGCCCGAGUCCGAUGACAAGGAGAAACGCGACGUCAUCGACACCUCCGCCGGCGAGGACAGCCACCACCAAGACCCGUACCGCACCCCCAGCAAAUUCGGCCUCUUCUACCGCCGCCACAGAAUCUUCUUCCACCUAGGCAUAUUCCUGCUCUUCACGGGCUGGUGGAUCGCCUCCCUCGCCCUCCACCACUCCGACAAGAACUGGGUCGUCCCCUUCCUCGUCUGGCUAGCCAUCUCCCUCCGCCUCCUCUUCUUCCACGUCCCCAUCUCCAUCGUCUCGAAACCCAUCCGCUUCAUCUGGCAACACACGGGCGUAUUCAUCCACGACCGCAUCCCCGCCAAACUCCGCACCCCGCUCGCCGCACUGGUCACCGUGGCGGCCAUCCUCCUCGGCGCCUUCGUCUCCGAAGAAUCAGAAGACAACACGCGCGAGAACCGCGCCGUCUCCCUCUUCGGCCUGGCCGUUCUUAUUGCCGGCCUCUGGGUCACCUCGCGUAACCGCCGCGCUGUCCAGUGGCGCACCGUCAUCGGCGGCAUGCUCGCGCAGUACGUCAUCGCCUUGUUCGUCCUCCGCACCUCUGUGGGCUACGACAUCUUCGCCUUCAUUGCCAACCGGGCCGGGGACCUCUUGGGUUUCUCGCGUAAGGGCACAGAGUUCCUAACGACCAAGGAAGUCGCCAGCUUGACGUGGUUCUUCAUCUCCGUUAUACCCGCCAUCAUGUUCUUCAUCUCCCUCGUCGAGGUGCUCUACUACGUCGGCUUUCUUCAAUGGUUCGUCAAGAAAUUCGCCACCUUCGUCUUCUGGGCCCUCCGCGUCUCGGGAGCGGAAGCCGUCGUCGCGGCAGCUACUCCUUUCAUCGGCCAGGGCGAAUCGGCUAUGCUCGUCCGCCCGUUUGUCCCACACAUGACCCGCGCCGAACUCCACCAGAUCCUCACCUGCGGCUUCGCCACCAUCUCGGGAUCCGUCCUAGUGGCUUACAUGACCUUGGGGCUUAACCCACAGGCCCUCGUCUCCUCCUGCAUCAUGUCCAUCCCCGCCUCCCUCGCCAUCUCCAAGCUUAGGUAUCCCGAGACAGAAGAGACUCUCACGGCCGGCCGCGUCGUCAUCCCCGACGAUGACGAGCAUAGGGCCGAGAACGCCCUCCACGCCUUCGCCAAUGGCGCUUGGUUCGGCCUCAAAAUUGCUGGUACAAUCAUCGCUUCUAUCCUUUGCAUUCUCGCCGCUGUUGGUCUCAUCGACGGCCUUUUGACUUGGUGGGGUCGAUAUCUUAAUAUCUCCGAUCCCGAUCUCACUCUGGAGCUCAUUAUGGGGUACAUCUGCUAUCCCAUCGCUUUCCUCCUCGGCGUCCCACGCAACGGAGACCUCUACAAGGUCGCCAAAAUCAUCGGCACCAAAAUCAACGAAUACGUCGCCUUCCUCGCCCUCUCCGCAGAAAACCUCUCCCCCCGCUCCCGCCUCAUCGCCACCUACGCCAUCUGCGGCUUCGGCAACAUCGGCUCGCUCGGAAUCCAGGUCGGCAUCCUGUCCCAGAUCGCCCCGUCUCGCGGGGGGGACGUCAGCCGCAUCGCCGUGUCGGCUCUCAUUUCGGGCGUGCUCUCGACUUUGACGUCGGCUGCCAUGGCUGGGUUGGUUGUUACGAAUCAGGCGAGUCUAAUUCCACAGCCUUCGUAG